AUUUAAAACCACACAAGUGUCGUGCUCCACCUGCAAAGUGGUUUUUUCCCGAGAGAGAAAAUUAGUGGAUUGUUCUAAAUUUUUUUAUUCUGAAAAAAUAUAAUUUCUCGUUCUUUUUUUUGAAUGACACGGAAGAAAUCAACGGCAGGAACAGUGCUUGCCGUAUAGUCAUGGAUGUUAAUAUGGAUGGUUCAGCUGGCUCCGAUGGCACUGCUGAGAAAUCAUGGGAUCAUCCUUGGUGUACAGAAGAAAUGCGAAAUAGAAGAAGAGAAUGGAGUCUUGCUGGUGAUGCUGGACUUUUAAAACAUCUCGAACGCUUUUCCGAGAAUUUAACGACAAAAGCUAAUGAGACAACAGAGGCCUUGGAUUCAUUGACGAAUCGUUUAAAUGAAACUGCAAUAUUUGUAGAUAAUCUUACGAACACAUCAUUAGCUUUGGCCAAUACACAAUUUAUUGAAAGUCGAGUGCAAGAGGAUGAUGUCGAAAUCGACAAAGUCACUGAACAAGUUGAAAAAAAUACAACCGAACGGGAAUUAAAUCCAGCGGAUAUUAUUGCCAUCGUAAACGAAAGUAUAAAAGAAGGUUUACGAAUAAUAGAUGAAAAAUACGAUAAAGUGGACGUUGUGGCCAGUGACAGUGAAGACGAAGCUGAAAAUACAUUACCGAGUGUAAUUUUGCGGCCGAAAGAUCCAUAUCAAGAUCGUCCCUUACCGUAUAUUAUUGGUUCGGAUAAGUGGAAAACAUCAGUCAAAAUAGGUUUAGAGUCGAGUAGCAGUGAGUCGGAGCAGAUGGAGGAGGAGGAUGAGGAAGACUCGUCGAGCGAGGCGGAAACUAAGGGAAUGGAUUUGCUGAAUGUAACUCAUCGUCAGAAAUCGUUACACUCUCAAUUAUCGUCUGCGUCAAGUGAAUCGAAUGAUUAUAAUUUAGAUAGUAACAGUACGAGAGGAACUAAUAAUGGAAGUCUCAGGGCUAAGAGUCAAGAUACAUUGAAUAUCGAGUCCGAACCUCUUACGCCAACUAGUGUUUUACCAAAGAAUCAAAAUAUCAAUAAUGGUCCACCGAGUUUUGCGGAGGAAUUGGCUAAGCGAUUGGGAAGUGUCCUUCCUAUUCAAAAGACAGUUAUCACACAGGAAGCUGAUAAUCCUUCUAUAAAUCGUGCAAAAGAUGAUCUAUUUUCUCAAGAAGACGAUGAAGAAGAUAUUUUCAGCAAUAAAUCUGAAAAUUUGUUCAGUGAAGGAGGAAGAAGUGGAGGUGGUGGUGGUGGAUUAUUUGACGACGAUAUACCGCCAAAAUGGAAUAAAACUAUUCCCAAACCCGUAAAAACGAAUAUGAUUCCUCCAAGUGUUGAUGUUCCACCGCCAAUAAGUUCUACCUCAACGAAACCAAAAUCUGCUUUUGAUGAUUUAUUCGGAGAUGCAGAUUCCGAUGAUUCUGAUGAUAUUUUUUCAACAAAAAGUUCGAAGAAAAAUAUUUUCUCGAAUCCAAAAGAUGCUGGGAAUAAAAAGUUCAUGAAUAGCGAUUUUAUGGAUAAUAUUGGAAGUAUGACAACAAGCCUGUCGGAAACGGACGAUAAUGUUAAGGAUCUCUUUGCUGACGAAGAAAUAAACGAGGAUGAUCUUUUUAGUACAUCGAAGCCACAGAGUCACGUCGAUGCACCACCUGUUGACAACAGCAUUCGAAAAAAACCAGUUGGAGGAGUUUCAGUUCUUCACGGAAUGGACUUCCGGUCGUCGAAAUUAUCAACGAAAAUAUUUCGUCAAAGCUCCUCGGAUUCUUCGGGCAGUGAGAGUGCAAAUCCCGACAGUGCUACCAGUAAAACGGGUAUUGAUAUUCCAAAAAAUCUAUCACCGAAUGAAAAUCUUACGGAUUCAAGUACUCAAAGCAGUAGAACUUCAAUUCAACUUUCCACCACGAGUAGUGCAUUUGGUUCCAGUUCAGGAGUGGAUUUUCAACCUCCGAUGACUUCAACGAGAUUGAAAUCAGAAGAGCUUGAUCGUGAAAGAGUUUCUAGUGAUAAUUUAUUUACAACAGUGCAAGAAAAUAAAAUCCCAUCGAAUAAUGAUAUAUUCGAUGAAGUCGAUGACGAUGUUUUCGGUCCACCGCCAUUGCCCAAAGCGAAUGAAAAAUCAUCCAAAUCAAAAGUGAUUUCUCUCUUCGAUGAUUCGGAUUCUGAUGAUGAACUUUUUGCUAAUUCAAUAUCGAAAUAUAAUCAAUCGGAAAAAGGUGUCGAUUUGAAGAAAUCAGAAAACAAAGAAAAACCAAAGACAUCGAAAAAAAUCAGUAUUUUCGAUGACGACGACGACGAUAAUGAAGACAAUAGUGAUGAUAUUUUUGCCGUUAAAAGUUCUCCAGAUAUUUUCUCCGUUGAUAAAAAAAUAGUGAAUUUAGGUAAUGAAUCAUCAACACGAAAAACUUCUGAUCUAUUUGGUGAGGCAAGGGAAAAUGAUUCAUCGACAGUAGUGAAAAAAGCCUCUGAAUUAAGUAAAUCCAUUUUUUGUGAUAGUGACGAGGACGAUGAUUUAUUUGGUUCAAUUUUACCCAAAAAAGGAACUAAAGUCACAAAUAUAUUCGAUGAUGAUGAUAAUGAUUCAUUAAAAUCUGCUGCAUCGAAUUCGGAAAAGAAUUCAAAUAAAGGAGAGAAGAUAAAUAUUAAUAAAGCCGGCAGUGAUUUAUCGAAUAUUUUUCAAGCAAGUAAAAGUGGUUUAUUUGAUGACGAUAUGGAUGACGAUGAUGAUCUUUUCGGGCAUAAAGCUCCCAAGGAUGUCGAUAAAAUAAAGUCUGAAGAUAGUGCCAUUAAGGAUAAGCCUGAGUCAAAAGAAUCCAAUAUUGAUGAAAAAGUGUCAAAUUCCGAGGUUAAAAAGUUGCCACCAAUUAUUCCGCAAAAACCCGAUAAUCUUAGAACGAGAACAAAAGAACCAGAGUCGAAUAAAGUCGAAAAUGUUGUUGACGGUGCUUGCAUUUCGAAAAGUAAUCCACCGAAUAGUUUGAAUAUUCGGCCGAUAGACGAAGAGGGGAAGGAGCAGCCACCACGUCGGGUGGCAGUUUCCGGAAAAAUAAAAAAUCUAAUGGGAAGAAUGGGCGAUUUGAAAAUUCUCUCGCCCACUGAUACGCCACCUGUUUUGAGGAAAAAUGAGGAGAAAACCAAAGAUGACGAUGAUGAGUCUUUGGAAUUUGACAGUGAAGAUGGCGGAAGUUUGAGCAUACCGAGUUCUGGAAAGGAAGCAAGCAUUAGUGCUGAUGAUUUGACAAGAAAGAAUUCUGAUUCUAUAUUAUCUAAAGAAAUUAAUACCGAAAAGGCGAUAAGUUUCGAUGAACCUGUACAUGUUGAGACGUUGACCAACGCUUCGAAGAGUCGUGCGAGAAUUCAAGUGAAACGUCGCCCACAAAGCAGGCAGGCACGUCAAACAGCAUUACGACAAAGUGGAAUAGAUUUCGAUGCCAUUGACUCAGCGCAAGAUGUCGACGAUGAUAUUAAAUUAAAAGAUCCCAAUUCAAUUGUCGACUCGAGUAACGAGAGACUAUUGGCGCCAUCAAUUAAAAGUGAUAAGUCGGAUAAAAACACAGAAUUAAAUCUCUCAUUGGCAAUUGAUGAUAAAUCGGAACGCACCUUUAGUAAAGAGAGUACUAAUAAGAAUACACUCCUCUCACCAUCCACUGACGAGGAAGAUUUAUUCGAUGUACCACCCGAUUUACCCGAGGAUCCAUUUAAAGAGGAUUCUCUAUUCGGUAGAGCGCCAAUUUUAUCGCCAAUUGACGAUUUAGUCACAAGAGAAAUAAAGUCUACGAAAAUUGAUACUGCCACUGUUAUUACUGAGAAUGUCAUUAAAGAAUCUAUCAAAAAAGAUAUUGUCGAAAAAGAAUCGAAAGCGGAAGAAAAACAUGAGAGAAUCGUCGAAACGAAAAGCAAGGAAGAAUCAGAUUCGAAAAACGAUUCUUCUUCGGAGGAAGAGAAUAAAAAACCACCACUUGAUCCAUUACGAAAUAAAGAUCUCGAUCCAUUGAAGGAUCCAAGCCAACUAUUUGCAUUUGUCACAAAGACUCCAUCACCUGAGAAGGGGAAAGCACUACUGUUUCAUGAAGAUGACAGUCUUUUUUCCAGCACCUCGAAAAAGAGUAAUCCAAUCGAAAAGUCAGGAAGUACAAGAAAAAAAGUUGAUUUAUUCCAUGAUGAUGAUGAUGAUGAUGAUGAUGAUGGUGACUUAUUUUCCACUUCAGUUCAAAAUAAAAAUAAUAAGAAAUUGAUCAAGGAUACAAAAAUGAGUUUAUUUGAUGAUGAGGACAAUGAAGAACAUCUCUUUUCAGAUGGAACACAAGCAACAAUUCCCAAAGAUAUUGUCGAUGAUAGUAAAAAGAAAUCUAAUUUACACGAUAUUUUUGGCGAUCAAUCGAGUGGAGAGGAGGAUAUUUUUGCUUUUAAGAAACCCAUAUCAAAGAAAUUGACUGGCGAAAGAAAAUCAUUGUUUGAUGACGACAAUGAUGAUACUGAUGAUGGUGACACAGAUAUCUUUGGAAAGACAUCUUCAUCAUUAUCAAGAAAUAAAGAGAGUCAUAGUGCUGCUAAAAAAGUUGUCACCAGGGAUUUAAAGAAAACUGCUGAGCAGAUUAUCGAGGAUCCCUUGAGUGCUCUUCAAGAAGAUUAGUCAUAUUUAAUUUUUUUAAUAUCCGCUACAUUUCAAUUUCACUUUUAAAUUGCUUUUGAAAUUGAAAAUAUUUUAAAGAACAAAAGAAAAAUUAAAGAAGAUAAAAAAAGAAAAAUUGAAGAAUGUUCUUUAAAAUAUUUUUAUUUCAGAAAUAAUCUUUUUUUUACAAAAAAUUGUCUUUUUUUCGUUUCGUCUUUUAUCGUAGAGACAAGUAUUGUGCAAUAUUCUUUUUUUUUAUAUUUUCAUUUUAAAAAAUCUAAAUCAAAUUUACUCAAAAGAAAAUUGAUUUACAACAGAGAGAUUAUUUUUUAUUCUUUAUUAUUUUUCGAAUGAUUGUUUUUUAUUGAAAUUAAUUGAAACGUCAUUUUUUUUUCACCAGCAAUGAACAUAAUUUAUUGAAUCGUUGAAUGAUUGUAAUUAAUUUUGCAAUUUUAUAAUUUCUAAAUUCGAUUAGAUAUUAUAGUAAUUUCAUUUAGUGUUUGACAAGAGGGAGACAAAUACUAUAUUAUAAAUGAAUUUAUGAAUUCAUUCAUGUAAAUAUAAAAAAUUGUUCUGAAUGGUAAUGUUAUUCGAUGAUAUCAAUUUAUUAUUGUCUAUGUAAAUAUGGAAUUAAUUGAAAAAAAUAUAUAUUAUGAUAAAAAUAA